AUGCUCUCCAGAAGAGUCCUAGUUGCAUCCCGCUUUUUGCGGGCUCAUCGAGCACCGCAUUUGCGGUAUCCCUUGCCCGUUGUCCAACAAUUCCGUUCCUAUGCCGACAGAGUCAUCAAGGUUCCACAGAUGGCAGAGUCGAUUUCUGAAGGAACUUUAAAGCAAUGGUCGAAACAGAUUGGCGAAUUCGUUGAGCAGGAUGAAGAGAUUGCGACCAUCGAGACGGACAAGGCAAAAUACACCGGCUCACUUCUAUGCUUCCAGAUCGAUGUAGCCGUCAAUGCUCCCGAAGCUGGUGUCAUCAAGGAAUUCCUUGCAAACGAAGAGGAUACCGUCGUUGUUGGUCAGGAUUUGGUCCGUCUCGAACUUGGAGGGGCGCCGGGCGGAGGGGAGAAGCAGGCAGCCGACGCAGAGCCCAAGGAGCCAGCCACGCCCUCAGAUCGUGAGCCCUCGAAGAAGGAGGAACCCAAACCGAAAGAUGAACCAAGCCCGCCUCCACCGCAGGAGAAGAAGGCUGAGCCAAAGAAGGAGGCGCCGCCACCAAAACCUACAGAGCCAAAGACCGAUGCCAAGCCAAGCAGUUCUACCCCUGUUCUCGGUAGUCGCGAGGAGCGGCGUGUCAAGAUGAAUCGCAUGCGCCUUCGUAUCGCGGAACGCCUAAAGCAGUCACAGAACACCGCUGCCUCCCUCACGACAUUUAACGAGGUUGACAUGUCGUCUCUGAUGGAGUUCAGAAAGCUCUACAAGGAUGAGGUGUUGAAGAAGACCGGCGUAAAACUUGGAUUCAUGAGCGCCUUUUCCCGUGCAUGUGUACUUGCAAUGAGGGAUAUACCAGCUGUCAACGCUUCAAUCGAGGGGCCUAAUGGCGGCGAUACCAUUGUCUACAGAGAUUACGUUGAUAUCAGCGUCGCUGUUGCAACGGAGAAGGGCCUUGUAACCCCAGUUGUUCGGAACACGGAGACAAUGGAUCUUGUUGGGAUUGAAAAAGCAAUUGCGGAUCUGGGAAAGAAGGCCCGCGAUAACAAGCUCACCAUUGAGGACAUGGCUGGUGGUACUUUCACCAUCAGCAACGGUGGCGUCUUUGGAUCCUUGAUGGGCACUCCAAUCAUCAACCUCCCUCAGACCGCUGUACUUGGAUUACAUGCCAUCAAGGACAGGCCUGUUGCUGUGAACGGCCAGAUCGUAAUUCGACCUAUGAUGUACCUAGCGCUAACUUACGAUCACCGCCUUCUGGAUGGAAGGGAGGCCGUCCAAUUUCUGGUGAAGGUCAAGGAGUACAUUGAGGAUCCUCGACGAAUGCUGUUGUAG